AUGGAUCGUCUUCACCUGUUGUUUGUCCUUUGUGGGAUCCUUGCACUGACCACAGCAUCUAGACAUUCUUCAAAAGAGAACGACUGCAAUUGUCCCAAAGGAUGGACUCAGCUAGACAAGUACUGCUACAUCUAUCAGCAUGAUAAUAGAAGCUUUUCAGAUGCAGAGAGCGUUUGCAACGUUCUUGGUGGGAAUCUGGUCUCCAUCAACAGUCGCAAGGAAAAUGCAAUCGUUGUUGAGCUGAUUCGGGAAGGUGCUGGUACAGUCGUAGACACCUGGAUUGGACUCCAUGAUGCAAUUGAGGAGGGCGAAUUCGUAUGGACCGAUGGAGAAGUUGUUAAUUUCAAAAACUUUGGUAUGGGCCAGCCAGACGACAGUGGCAGCGGUGAAGAUUGUGUUGAGAUCGAGGCUGAUGACGAGAUGUGGGACGAUGAUGAAUGCACAGAUUUAAAUCCAUAUGUGUGCAUCAGACCUGUGAACAAGAAAAAAUGUCACUAA